GCCCAAGCAUCCCAAGCCCCAAACCCCCCAUCCAAGCCCCCCAAACGUACAUUCCCACUCCACAGGACCCCAAAGCCGCCGAAGCCACCCCCAGGCGACCCGCUCGCUAAUCUCCGCCCUGCCUGCCCGCACAAAUGCCUCAAACGGGCCCCGCACACAUUCCUGAUGAAGCCACAGCGCUUCGACCCAUACAGCACGCCCUGGCUGACGGUGGACAAGGACCACUUCGAGACCUCGUAUGCGCGCAACGUGAUCAUGCACGCCAAGCUAAGCGAGAUUGUGCGGUACAAGCAGUUCAACGACGAGAAGCGCAUGGCGCAGGUUGAGGAUGCGUGUGUGGCGAUGCAUCGCAUGGUGACGCAUUAUCUGAUUGAUGCGGCGCCUUGUGAUUAUUGGCGGGAGAAGGUGCGAGGGAAGGCGGAUGAGUAUAGGGCUAGGGGCCAGGAGUUUUGGAAGGAGAAGAUGUUGUGGAGAGGUGCGUUUGACGGGACGGCGGGGAGGGAGGACGCGUUGGAGAGUAGCUUGAUGGGCGUGGGCCGGGUGGCGGUGGAGGAUUUCAAUGUGCUGCUGAGGUGUCCGAGGAUGCUGACGAAACUCGAUGGGAUGAAAGAGGAGGAAGAGGAUCGUGCUGGAGACUAUUAUGAAUGGGCCGCAUCGAUUACAGUAUGUCCUGGAGGGUGGAGAUUGAACGACCAUAUGGACACUCAAGCCAUUCACAGCCCACGAACAGACCGAAGAUUAAAAGAAACUCCUUUUGCGCCACAGUGGAGAGACGGGCUUGGCCGGUUUCUCAGUUGCAAAGAGUAGGUUGUGCUCCCAAAAUGGUGAAUUCCUCUAAUACCUGUCUAGGGCUAGCAAUAACUUUCGAUACGCGAUGCGAUGUUCAACAUUCUUUGUGCAGCUACGAAGAAACCUUAAAGAUAAAGAUCAAAACUUAGUAGCCCAUCU